UUGGCUUUGACACGGACGGCGAACGGGACCCAGACGCUGGUGCUGAGCUCUGGGAGCGGCUCUGGCAGAUCCGGCGUCCGAGUGAAGAGCAGGACUUUUUGCCUGGAUCAGCGCAACUGCGGCGACGCCGCAAGUCCUGGUGCGGCCGCGGCGGUCGGGUUUCGCCGCGGGUGUCGCUGCCCCGCAGUCCUGCAGCGCUGUCGGCUCUGGGAGAAAGACUCCGAGAGUUUCUCCCGCAGAACGAGCCGGGACGCGCGGCCCUAAGCGGCGGCGUGGGAGGGACGCCGCGGCUCGGCCCUUGACCCGCAACCGUGUGGGCACCAGGGCUGGAGGCAGGGCCCCAGCGCUGUGCGGGGCUGGGCUCCGGCUUCGGAGCUGCAGGUGGAAGAAGGACGCCCCGGGGGAGCGGCCGAGAGGUGGCCAAGUGAAAGGUACAGUUGGACACUUUUCUGUGCCUGUAAGGGACAGAGAGUUCCUAGCCAGAGAGUUCUUCUGUGGUGGCGAGGCCUUCUGGGGCCCCUGAUUUUGGCCGGUCAUGGGGAGCACCCUGGGCUGCCACCGCUCCAUUCCCCGGGACCCCUCGGACCUGUCCCAUAGUCGCAAGUUCAGUGCAGCCUGCAACUUCAGCAACAUUCUGGUGAAUCAGGAGCGGCUGAACAUUAACACCGCCACAGAGGAGGAGCUGAUGACCCUGCCUGGGGUGACGCGUGCAGUGGCUCGCAGCAUCGUGGAGUACCGCGAGUACAUCGGUGGCUUCAAGAAGGUGGAGGACCUGGCACUGGUCAGUGGCGUAGGCGCCACCAAGCUAGAGCAGGUCAAGUUCGAGAUCUGCGUGAGCAGCAAGGGCAGCUCUGCGCAGCACUCUCCCAGCUCCUUGCGGAGGGACCUGCUGUUGGAGCAGCAGCCUCACCACCUGGCCACCACCGUGCCUCUCACCCCACGCGUCAACAUCAACACGGCCACCCCAGCUCAGCUCAUGAGCAUCCGAGGACUCACGGAGAAGAUGGCUGUCAGCAUUGUGGACUACCGCCGGGAGCACGGGCCCUUCCGCAGCGUCGAGGACCUGGUGAGGAUGGGCGGUAUCAAUGCCGCCUUCCUGGACAGGAUACGGCACCAGGUGUUCGCGGAGAGGUCCAGGCCCCCGUCCACCCACACCAACGGGGGCCUGACCUUCACCGCCAAGCCUCACCCCAGCCCCACCUCCCUGAGCCUGCAGAGCGAGGACCUGGACCUGCCGCCAGGUGGGCCCACUCAGAUUAUCUCCACUCGACCUUCCGUGGAGGCUUUUGGAGGCACAAGGGACGGGCGGCCUGUGCUGAGGCUGGCCACGUGGAACUUGCAGGGCUGCUCGGUGGAGAAGGCCAACAACCCCGGGGUGCGAGAGGUGGUGUGCAUGACGCUCCUGGAAAACAGCAUCAAGCUUCUCGCUGUGCAAGAGCUCCUUGACAGAGAGGCCUUGGAAAAGUUCUGUGCGGAGCUGAACCAGCCGAUCCUGCCCAACAUCCGCAAGUGGAAGGGGCCCCGGGGCUGCUGGAAGGCCGUGGUCGCCGACACGCCGUCCACGCCGCUCCAGAAGGGGGCCGGCUUCUUGGGGUUCCUGUGGGACACCUGGGCCGGCGUGGAGCUGAGAGACGCCACCUCACAGGAGAGCUCGCCCGGCAACGGGCACGGGAAGCCCUCGGGCCCCAGGCCGUACCUCGCGCGGUUCAAGGUGGGAAGUCAUGACGUCACCCUCGUGAACCUUCACCUGGCGGCCCUGCCCCUCCCUGGGGGUGAGAAUCCAAGCAAGAACCACAGCGACAGCCACCGUGCGGCCAGCUUCGCCCAGACCCUGCAGGAGACGCUGAAAGGAGAAAAAGACGUGGUGGUUUUGGGGGAUUUCGGCCAGGGGCCAGACAGCAGUGACCACGACCUGCUGAGGAGGGAGAAGUUCCACCCCCUGGUCCCGGCGCACACCUGCACCAACAUCAGCACCAAGAACCCCCAGGGCUCGCGGUGUCUGGACAACAUCUGGAUCAGCAAGAGCUUCAAGAAGGUCUUCACAGGUCACUGCGCUGUGGUGCGAGAAGGCCUCACGAACCCUUGGAUUCCAGAUAACUGGUCCUGGGGCGGCGUGGCGUCCGAGCACUGCCCCGUGCUGGCGGAGUUCUACACGGAGAAGGACGGGAACAAGAGGGAAGGCCCUCGGAACGGCAGUGGGGUCACCUUGGAGCGAAGUGAGGCCAACAUUAAGCACGAGCGAUGAUGGCGCCCCACCGGUUUCUCCACGUUAACCGCCGGGCACAGGCGGGAGUCGCCCUUCCUGGCGAAGACGCAGCGUCUGAACUGCCUUCUUCUUCAUCCCGGGCCCGACCUGGGCGCCCUCCCUGUGGACUUUUCUGGACCUCUCGUCGGGGAGGGAAGUACAGUGGCCGAAUCAGAAGCCCAGUGGAGAACCGGACUGUCUUGAUCUCGGGCCCUGCAGCCUCUGCAGACGCGGCCGGCGUCCACACCUGGGUUGCAGCGCGGGGAACAGUCGUGGAGGCUGGAAGGGAGUGUGCGAGGCGUUCUGGGCUGCGAGGCCUGCCUGGGCAGUGCUGGGAGCUCUCCUCCCUGACCACCGGUCUGUGAUGUUCUGGCUGCACAUUACAUAAAGCUUUUAACUGUGA